AUGAGUCUUCAGCCUGCUUGGCAUCUGGCCGGAUCUUGCAGCGGCAGCAGUGCUAGUCGCGACUUCCUCUGGCACGGAGGACCGGCGGGUCGUUGGCGAACUGGUGGUGGUAGCAGUGGAAACUCCUGCCUCCGAAUGCUGGGGGUCUCUGUCGCCUCACCCUGCUUACAUCCCCGUGUGGUGUUUUGGAUCCCUCUUUAUGGGAUACAGGGCUCGUCUGAUACAGAUAAUCCCCAACGACCCAGUCCGGCCUGUCUAGUGGAUGGUUUGCGCCGCCUACUGACAGGUCUCAACGACAAAGAUGAGGUCCUUUCCCCGGCUCCCCGACUGCUGGUGUGGGAUGCCAAAUGGUGGUCUCGUGUAGCUUCCGAGGUGUUGGGAUUCCAGUGCCCUAAUCUCCUUGACCCCAAUCUCUGUGGUUGGUUGAUGGACCCGGAUCGUGGCCGAUUGAGUCUGCGUGAAGUUAUAAUCGAGCCACCUGAUCCGGGGGGUUUGCGCAGAAACCUCCUAUCACUCUUUGUCUCCUUGGGCUACUCUGUGGAUCCAGUGACCCAGCUCGGCGACUGGAAUAAGCUCACUGCCUGCAGUUGCGACUCCCAAUGCUCUCCCAGUCUCGGUGGUGAUGACCACUGUCAUCCCAGGCUCCUUUUCACUGCCACCCAGCAGCCACCCUCUUUCUCCCUCCUGUCCUGCGUCCCCAAUUCUGCUGUUCAGGCUUUCCUUGUUGCCACCUGGUGGGCAAAUCGCUGCAAAAACAUCACACCCCUGUACCCGCUUCUCAACACGGAGACUGAGAUCGCAAUCAUGUUGGCAAAGUCGGAGGCCUGUGGGUUCGUUCUCCACUUGGACAUUCUCCUGGACUGUCAGACUAAACUGCAGAAGGCCCUUGUUCAGCUCGAGCGCCUAGCUCAUCGGCUGGUUGGCUGCGAAUUCCAGUUGGAUUCCCCGCGUGAAGUUGCCAAUGCCCUAUACACCCGCCUACAUCUCCCUGUGUUCUCGAGCCUGACCGCAGAAUUAGCAGCCAGUCGUAGAGCUCGUCGAGAUCGUCUGGGUUUCGGCGUUCGCAGCACUCGGCCGCGUCAACUACCCACCACUAACGCUGCCCUUCUCCAACUGGCGCCACUUCAUCCUCUUCCGCGCAUCAUAAUUGAGUGGCGUCGGAUCAAUGGCCUCCUUUCUAAGACUUUUGGCUCCCUCGUGGCCUCCUGUUCACGUUCUUUGGUCGACUUUUGUGUAGCGUCAGAUGGACAGCAACUCAACGUGCCACCCUCAAAACUGCGAAUAACUCCGACCUAUGACGUCUUCACAGCCACUGGUCGGAUAGUGUCCGCUCAUCCCAACCUGCAGUCAGUUCCCAAAACGUUCACCAUCAGCUGGCAGGAGCUGUUGACUAGGCCGCCUCCGAUCACCGUCUUCCUUGGAAAGAUAUACUCUGUCCUCAUGACCCUUUCUAUGCACUUGCUCGCUGCUCACUGGCUAAAACGUCCGGAUGUGGAGUCCAUAAAUGAGCUGGAAAGACAGAACGCCAAGCAGUUGUGUUACGCCAUCAUCUACGGCAUGGGUGCUCGAGGGUUGGCCACCAGUAGAGACAUCGAGGUGUCCGUGGCGCAAUCCAUUAUUGACGACUUUAUGCGGGCUUUUCCAGGUGUGUCAAAUUUUAUUCGACAAACAGUCCAAUCUGCUCACAAGACAAACCGAGUAAGCACAGUCGUUGGCCGCUCGCGAUUCCUCGCCGGUUUGACUGGCUCCACCUCAAAGGACUCCUGCGACGAACCGUUGGCGGAGGUGGAUAAGCCGACCACAACGAGCUGCCCUCCUCCUCGUCCUUUCACUGAUACAGGCAUAGUGAAACCCGCUCUCGCCUGUGCUAUUGCAAAGGCCGAACGGCAGGCUGUUAACAGCGCAGUGCAGGGAAGUGCCGCUGAUGUGGUCAAGGCCGGUAUGCUGGAGGUAGAUAAAGCAGUUCGGCGACUGCUCUCCUCAAGCGAAGAACCCAAACCUUCUCUGUGCAACAUGGUACUCCACCUCCACGACGAACUCAUCUACGAGGUUGUAAUGCUGCCCUAUUUGAAGUUUAUACCGAUAGUUGGGCCAGCGGCUGCUGCUCCACGCUUUUCGAGCGCGCUUCGACACUGCCUUUCCUCGGCCGGUUUAAAGUUCAAUAUGACUGUGCCUCUGCCCGUGAAGAUUAAAGCCGGCCCACGUUGGUCUGAACUUCAGCCCGUAGACUGGUGA